UCCUGCUGGAAACUGAUACUACAACAACAAUAUGGCGACUCAUCUGUAUAUUAUGAACGUCAAAAUAACAUUGAUAUUACAUGUAUUUGUAUGUUCUCAGGUUAAAUUCACCUUCCAAAAAGAUGUGCCCUAUAAUUUGCAAAAUGGCGAGUCAAGUGAAGGUGAAAUCGUUACGUCAUUUAAAAGCCACCAUAUGUUAAAGAAAAGACAGGUAAUCAAGAAUCAUGGAUAUUACACAUCAAAAGUAAUGACAAAUACUCCUGAUUUCAACGAAUACUGGGAGGACCUGAACAAUUCAAACGGACAUAAAACUAUUGUAAAGGGCUAUAGAAAGGCUAUUCAAGUUGACCUGAAAGAUAAAUUCAGAUUUUAUGGCAAUAAUAUAGCCAGGAUGAUGAUAACCAACUCAGGAUUUUUAAGCAUGGCCCAAUUUCCACAUCAGUAUCUCGCAGCCACACAGUAUAUUGCGCCACUGAUGGCAAACUUUGAUCCAACUAUCAAUGAGGAUUCAAAUAUUCUCUUUAAAGAUUCUGGUAAUAGAUUUGUAGUUGAAUGGCAAAAUGUUUAUCUCCAAGACAAGAAUGACACAAAACCCUUCCAUUUUCAAACAACAGUUCACACCAAUGGCACGAUAUAUUUUGCGUACAAACAGGUUGGUCUAGGUGUAAAAAGAAGAACCUUAUAUGAAUAUGACCGCUUGGAUAUCAACUUUAAGUUAGUUCGUUCAGGGACAGUCGUCAUUUUGGACCCAUUGAAGACCUGUAAUAUUGCCAAGGAUUGUGCAACUUGUUUAACUCAAGACGAUUCGUUUGAUUGUAAAUGGUGUCCAAUGGUUGGUAGAUGUUCCGAUGGCAUUGAUUGGCUGAGACAAGAAUGGCUUGGUCAAGAUUGUGACAGAAAGGCAUUUGAUGACUCAACCAAGUGCAAUUCUCCUGUGAAAGAACCGGAAAGCAACACCCUUUCACCAUGAAUACAAAGUAUGAUACAGACACCACAGUGUUCCCUGGAUAAUAGCUACGAUGUUUUUUUUUUCAAAGCAUUUAAGUAUAAAGAAUUAUUGCCUAAAGUAAAAAUAUAAUAUUCUACUGGUUUUGAUUUAUUACUCGAACAAGACUGUUUGUAUUAGAAAUCUUUGUUGUGCUUAUUG